UGCUCUAGGGCAUCAGGUGAAUCAGGCGAUACGAGGAUUCCCCUCAAUGUCACUUCUCCCAGUUUUCUGUCACCUGAUUUUUUUUGCCCAAAAACUGAGACAGCAUUAACGAGGCCACCACGAGCAUCUUUGUAGACGCGACCAUGGAUCGAAUCCAGGAUUGUAGCCCUACGACGUUGGUCUUAGUUACAGCGGUGGUGAUUUUGGUCGUUGCCUACAUGUUCAAGAGUUUGCUGGAAAAGAAACCGGAAAAUCUUCCGCCUGAGGUACCGUCCAGCAUCCCAUGGCUUGGUCAAGCUGUCAGUUUUGGCCAGCGCCCUCUCGAGUUCCUAACAGAGGCAUAUGAAAAGCAUGGCGCUGUCUUCAGCUUCACAAUGGUGGGGAAGACAUUUACAUUUCUGGUUGGAUCUGAGGCAUCAGCACUGCUGUUUAACAGCAAGAAUGAAAACUUGAAUGCAGAGGAGGUGUACAGCAAGUUGACGACCCCUGUGUUUGGACGAGGGGUGGCAUAUGAUGUCCCCAAUCAUAUUUUCCUGGAGCAGAAAAAGAUGUUUAAGACUGGUCUGAACAUUGCCCGUUUCAAGCAACAUGUCCCUAUGAUAGAAGAAGAGACAGUGGAAUACUUCAAAAGAUGGGGAGAUGCAGGAGAAAGAGAUAUAUUUGUCGCCCUGUCAGAGCUGAUCAUCUUAACUGCCAGUCGCUGCUUACAUGGAAAAGAGAUCAGAUCAGUGCUAAAUGAGGAAGUAGCCCAGCUGUAUUCUGAUUUAGAUGGCGGUUUCAGUCAUGCAGCUUGGCUUUUACCUGGAUGGCUGCCACUCCCUAGCUUUAGAAAAAGGGAUGCAGCUCACAAAGCCAUUAAGCAGGUGUUCUACAAGGCCAUUGCUAAAAGACGAGAGUCCCAGGAAAAAGAGGAUGACAUGUUGCAGACUUUACUGGACUCUACUUAUAAAACAGGCCGUCACCUCACAGAUGAUGAAGUAGCUGGUAUGUUGUUGGGACUUUUAAUGGCUGGCCAGCAUACAUCUUCUACAACAAGUGCUUGGUUAGCCUUCUUCUUGGCUAAAAAUAAAGAUAUUCAGGACCAAUUAUAUGAAGAACAGGUGUCUGUGUGUGGGUCAGACUUGCCACCAUUACAGUAUGACCAGUUGAAGGACCUCACCCUCCUGGACAGGUGUCUGAAAGAGACUCUCAGGCUCAGACCACCUAUUAUGGUUGUUAUGAGAGAGUGCAAAACACCACAGAAAGUGAAAGGAUACACAAUACCCCCAGGUCACCAGGUAUGUGUGUCACCAACUGUCAACCACAGCCUCAAAGACCAAUGGGGACAGGACAAUGACCAGUUUAGACCCGACAGGUUUCUCUCCGACGAAACUUCCAACAGUGAAAAGUUUGCCUACAUUCCUUUCGGAGCUGGACGCCAUCGCUGUAUUGGGGAAAUGUUUGCCUAUGCCCAGAUCAAAACGAUAUGGUCCGUCCUGCUUCGAAAAUAUGAAUUCGACUUAGUGGAUGGGUAUUUCCCCUCAGUGAAUUAUACAACCAUGAUCCACACGCCUUAUAAACCUGUUAUUAGGUAUAAGAAGAGGUCGAGACCACUCUGAUGAUGUAGCAAAAUUAUCAAAAUUCUUGUCAUUAAUUUUUUUUUUUUACUAGAGUGGUUAAUUAUUUCUUAAAGUUGAAUUUAUUGCGUAGUGGUAAAUAAAUUAUACCGUGGUAAUUUUAAUUAAGCUAAUUCAUUGUACUGCGGUGGAAAUUCUAUAAAAUGGAAUACAAAUCUACCGAACAGGUUAGAAACCAAAGGACUGGAAAGACUUGCUUGAUACUUAUAGUAACAUGUUUGUUGCCCCCACCAGACGCUGACUGAGAGGUGACGCAAUUGUGCAUAAAUCCUACCUGAUCAUUUAACUAAAAUGUGCACAGCUAAUAGUGAAUGCCUAGAGAAAUAUCGGUGAACAUGUAGUAAAACGUUCUAUGGCCCUUGCAGAGGGUAACAUGUUCAUAAUCUCAGGAUAAAUGAAGGAGGGAGCGAAGCAGUAUUUUUAAUCGACAUUGCAAAACCGUCUUGAUACUUAACCGUCUGAAUGAAUAUUAACUAUAUUAAGUUUUGUUAAAUUAAGUGUUUUAAAUGGAUUGCUUUAAACUAUUCAUACUUUUGUCUGAAAUGAGAUCUGUAAAUAUUGUAUGCGUUUCUACAUUGUUAUUCAAUAUACAAUUUGUUAAAAGUAAAAAAGAUGAAUGGUCA